AUGCCUGUCACCAAUUUCUCUCACCCGGAUCCUUACUCCUAUCAGACCGGCUUCGAUUCUUAUCAUGAGACCGAAGCCAUCAAGGGAGCUCUCCCUGUAGGCCAGAACUCGCCGCAGAAGGCACCGUACGGCCUCUAUGCAGAGAAGCUCUCCGGGACCGCUUUCACUGCUCCCAGACACGAGAAUAAGCAGACUUGGGUGUACAGAAUCCUCCCUGCCGCCGCCCACGAGAACUUCACUGAAGAGGAUGCGGAUUCCUAUCACACUCGUCUGACGACUGAGGCGUCCAAGCUGCAUCAUAUACCCAACCAGCUCCGCUGGAACCCGUUUGACCUGGAUGAGACAGUGGACUGGGUUCACGGUCUGCACUUGAUCGCGGGUUCGGGAGACCCCACGACAAAGCAUGGUCUGGGGAUAUUGCUGUAUGCCGCAGGAAAGGACAUGGGCAAGGAGGCGUUCUAUUCCGCGGACGGAGACUUUCUGAUUGUCCCCCAGCACGGUGUGCUGGACAUCCAGACCGAGCUGGGAAAGCUUGUUGUUCGGCCCAAUGAGAUCUGCGUGAUUCCCCGCGGAGUCAGAUACCGUGUUACCCUGCCAGCUGGUCCAGUGAGAGGCUACAUCUGCGAACUCUACCAGGGCCACUUCCAGCUCCCGGAACUGGGCCCGAUUGGCUCCAACUGUCUGGCCAACGCGCGCGACUUCCAGGCGCCGGUGGCUGCCUUUGAUGACGAGGGCGAGGAGCCGACGGAAUAUCGGCUGUACAGCAAGUUCAACAACCAUCUCUUCUCCGCCCGUCAGGACCACACUCCCUUCGACGUGGUCGCCUGGCAUGGCAACUACUACCCCUACAAGUACGAUCUCGCCCGUUUCAACACCAUUGGGUCUGUUUCGUUUGAUCACCCGGAUCCCUCCAUCUACACCGUCCUCACUGGCCCUUCGGACCAUGUCGGCACUGCCAUUGCCGACUUUGUGAUCUUCCCACCCCGGUGGUUGGUCGCGGAAAACACCUUCCGUCCCCCAUGGUACCACCGCAACACCAUGUCCGAGUUCAUGGGCUUGAUCUGCGGGAACUACGAUGCGAAGACUGGUGGUGGCUUCCAGCCUGCGGGUGCUUCUCUGCACAAUGUGAUGAGUGCACACGGACCUGAUUCGGAUGCCUUUGAGGGCGCCAGCAACGCUGAGCUGAAGCCCCAGAAGGUUGGUGAUGGAAGCAUGGCUUUCAUGUUCGAGAGUUCGCUUAUGGUCGGUGUGUCGGAAUGGGGCCUCAAGACCUGCCAGAAGGUGCAAGAGGAAUAUAACGAGCACAGCUGGCGCCCUCUGAAGCGGCACUUCAAGAACCCCAACAAGGCUUAG